UUCCGGUUUCCUGUCAGUGGAACGCAACUUUUCAUAAACGCUUCAGUGUCAAUAGUUACCAAGUGGGUCGUACGUAGAUGUUUUUCCUGUGUUGUGAGUACUAUGUAACACAACGGGAUUCUAGUGCAACAUGGGGCGUCGAUGCAACACUUCAUUGUACCAGAGUACUCCUGUGGUGGUGAUCUGUCUUGCAGCUUUACUCCUCAGCAACGUCUUGAUCUAUCUGUAUUUGGAUUCUGUGUAUCAGUCAGGUGGACACCCAGUCACUGCCCAUACGGGUUGUGUUGCUCAACACUUUAAAAUGCCAACGAUGAAGAACUGCACCCCUUGGCUGCACUGUCCCCUCAUAGAGGCGGAGGUUCGCAAACUAAAACUCAUCGGUCAGGGAGCAGUGAAGAAGGUCUACUUGGCAGAAUGGAAGGGACAAAAGGUUGCUGUGUCCAAACUGUCGUCUCUGAAUUACUCUCAGGAUUUUCUCCACGGAUUCUUGAUGUUAAAGGCAUUGCAGGGUCCCCUGGUGGUACAGUUGGUAGGCUUUUGCCUUGAAGACCAUACCUUUGUCACAGAGUACCAUCCACUGGGCUCACUUCUAAAUUUGAACGCAGUUCUGGCCCAGGAGCAGCAAAAACAUCGCAAUAUUUGGCAGACGCGGCUGUUGUUGGCGAUAGACUACGUCUCCAUCCUCCAUUACCUCCACAACAGUCCAGCUGGUCUGAGGGUAAUGUGUGAUUCCAACACCCUGGAGAAAACUCUCUCCCAGUUUCUGCUCACAAAUGACUUUCGCCUGGUGGUGAAUGACCUGGAUGCACUACCUGAAGUGGACGUAUCCAGGGGUUUGCGGGUCAAAUGUGGCCACAGGGAGCUUAGUGGUAUUUUUGUGGCUCCUGAGCAGCUAUGGCCUUUCAAUAAUAUAGGGAAGCCUUUUUCAGAUGAUCUCAUGCAUGAGUAUGAUGAAAAGACAGAUAUCUGGAAGAUCCCAGAUGUGGUACAAUUCCUGAUAGGAAGAGUGGCUGGAGCGGAUUUGAUCCACUUCCAUCUUUUUCAAAUUCAUAAGGCAUGUAAGGCAGAAGACCCUAAACUUCGACCAUCAGCCCUAGACGUGGUGAUGGUUUAUAAGGCAGUUUACAGCAACAUGGCCAAAGAUAGCGCUGGGCUCAGAGAAAUGCUUUAACAUCUCAUUCUAAAAUUAAUGCAGGCCGACACGUAUUAACACGCUAUCAUGCCAGAGACUAAACAGUUACACUAUUAAAAAUAAGUACUCACCCACCAAAACACUUUUUUUCUUGCGGAUAAACCGUAUAAAUGGGUGUUUACUAAAACUCUACAUGUCUUCAUCGUUAUUUCGGAAAAGGUACGUUUAUGGAAAGCUUGAAGUUUGAAGAAAAAGCUGUCUGUGUGGCGCCAUCAUCAGGUUAAACACUGCAGCGCACGUGAAUCUCCUGAUUUGAGUUGCAGGGACUCUUGACGUAUCUUUUUCUUUAACAUUGAUUGUCAUAGACUAUAUUUACAUGUAGUCAAUAUUUGGGUUAAAAUCAGAAUCUGGGUGUCUGGAACUAUUGAAAUAACCUGUUUACAUGUCUCAACAGACAGAGUUACUCACGUUUAAAUAUUCUCAUUGAACCUGCGACCCACAUCGAUGUCACAGUGUAAAUAGACGUCAUUUCCGCUUUUUACUUGUGACUCAGCACGGAAAUAAACGGGUUUCGCUC